AUGGCGCCCUUUCAGAUUUCCAUGUUCUUCGUAUUUGUCACUUUGACACUGACAUUCACACUGGCAAUUGGAUUUCGAUGGGACGAAUGGUGGAAGAACACAAUCAUUUACCAAAUCUACCCGCGCUCUUUCAUGGACUCUGACAGCGACGGUGUGGGGGAUCUGGUUGGUAUUACCUCUCGGCUGGAGCAUUUCAACGACAUCGGGGUAGGUACAGUCUGGUUGAAUCCCGUGUACAAGUCGCCUAUGGCCGACUUCGGCUACGAUGUGGCUGACUUCAAGGAUAUCGAUCCCAUAUUUGGAACUAUGGCUGACUUUGACGAGCUGAUCACUAAGGCGCACCGGCUCGGGCUUAAAGUCAUGGUGGAUUUUAUCCCCAACCACUCCAGCGACCAGCAUCCGUGGUUUGUCGAAAGCAGAAAAAAUAAAUAUGAAUCCAAUCCCUAUAAAGAUUACUACGUGUGGGUUGACCCAAGACAGAAUUGCUCUGAUCCGCCUGAACAGUGCCUUCCAAAUAACUGGGUAGGGCUACUGGGUGGCACAGUAUGGGAGUGGGUGCUAGAGAGGCAACAGUUCUAUCUGCAUCAGUUCCUUACAAGUCAACCGGAUCUGAAUUACCGUAACCCUGCCGUGCAUUUAGAGAUAAUAGACGUACUGAGAUUCUGGCUGAAGAAAGGGGUGGACGGUUUUCGUGUCGAUGCAAUCAGACACAUCUACGAAAGCGAAGACUUGGAAGAUGAACCAGUAAAUCCCGAUCAUUUGUUGGUGCCAGGUGGUCACACCUCCUACGACAGUUUUAUUCAUGACAAGACGUUUGAUCUUCCGGAGGUGCACGAACUUAUCUACGAAUGGCGAUGCAUUUUCGAUGAGUACAGCGCCGAACCCAACUAUCGGAUCAUGAUAAUGGAAGCAAACGACACCCAACGUACGCUCCUCCCAUACUAUGGAACCCCAGGCCGCCCUGAAGCAGAUUACCCUUUCAACUUUGGACUCACAAAAUUAAAUAAGCAUACACUAUCCGGAAAACUGAUUUACGAACUUGUCAAUGAUUGGAUGGAGGACUUACCACAAGAUAGGUGGCCAAACUGGGUGAUUGGCAAUCACGACUGUUCUCGUAUUUCUGACCGUGUGGGAGUUAAGUACUCCAAAGCUUUAAAUGUCUUGAAUAUGCUUCUUCCCGGAACCCCAAAGACUUACUAUGGGGAGGAGAUAGUUAUGGAAAAUACCUGGGUUUCACUGGACGAAUCCCAGGAUCCGUACGCCAUCGUUCACCCCAAUGGCUGGAAGAAGUACACACGCGACCCAGAGCGUUCCCCGAUGCAGUGGGACACCACAUCCAACGCUGGUUUUAGCACCACAACAGAUAAAAUGUGGCUUCCUGUUAACCAGAACUACCUCUUAGGAGUCAACGUUGCUGACCAGAAGGCAGAUAACACCUCCGCGUUGGCGCUCUACAAAAAAUUGGCAGCCCUUCGUAAAGACGAGCCUGCUUUCCAGACCAAUCACCUCAAGUACAUAAUUGUGACAGAAACGAUCUUCUCCUUCCUUCGCAUGCCUGAUACCUUGGGAUUCGAUUCCUUCCUAGUCAUCAUCAACGCUGGUACCUCUGAUUCUACUGAUGACUACUCUGCUGCUUUGAUGGAAGGUCACCAACUGAAGAUCAAAAGUAACACUGGUAUCAUCGCCGUUAGUGGUAACAUGGAUCGAGACGGGGAGUCUCAAGACAUGAGCAAGGUCUUCGUGGUAAUAGGCGAGGCACUUGUCAUCAAAGUCUCCGUAGAGUGA